GAUUAAUUCAGCGUUUCUGCUUGACAUGCUUUCCCGGAACAAAUAUGCUCAUAUGUUAAUGUCCACAUUUUUGCCGUCUUCUUCUAAGGCUUCGCUGUCGUCGCAUGAUCUUCCUCCACCUCCCGCACCGAUUUUCGACACACCAAUCGAUGAGGAUUGCACCAUCCAAGGUCGUGGACAACUUCCACACCCGAACAACUGCGCAUCGGAUAUGAACUCGAACGGCUCUGGGUUGCCACCGCCUCCACCCCCUCCUCCACCUCCACCACCUUUUAUGAUGUUUGACGCUCCAACGACCGGGGUUGACACAAUGGUCACUAACAAAAUGGGUCAGCUGAAUAUCGGUUCAAAGGAUUCCAAACCGAGAGAGUCCGUUGUUCCGCAAGGUCCUCCGCAAGAUUUGCUGUCAGCUAUUCGGGCUGGUUUGACGCUGCGUAAGGUCACCGACCGUCCGGUACCAAAAGCCAAUGGAGAUAAAUUUACUCGGAACAUGUCGGUUCUUAGUCUGGGCAAUAAGCCCAACGACGUUCAAGCAAUUUACGAAGCCGUUCGGCGGCGUCGUGAGUGUAUGGAAAACAAUUCGACAGACGACGAGAACACAGAAUCAUCCGACUGGGAUGAUUGAGAUACAAAGGUGGACGGAGCCCCGACGCUUUUUCCGUAUUCGAUCACCAUGUACACAAUCCUCCAUGUGCAAACAAUGCGUGCUAACAAUGAACAUGUUGCUAGGCCUCGACGAGACACGUACACAUUCUUUUCGCUUUGAAUCAAGCGUUUUUGCCUUUUUGUUUUCUUUCUUAGGCUCAGUGAUUUUCAAGUGGCUUUUGUGGGUGUUCGCUGCGUCUGUUUUGAUCGGAACGGCAGUCAGCACUUGUCUAUUCCCCACACGUCUUUCUACGUCACCUUCCCAUCCGUCAUUUUGUUAUUGUCUCACGUUGUUCCACUUGCCAUUUUUGUAAUCUGAGGCUGACGUCCUCAUGUUGCCAGUUCUCGUCUCAUUUGUUUGCCGACUAAUUCAUCCCAUCUCAUUCUCGUACUGUUCAUUUUCAACCUGCUGACACCAAUCUUAGAUAGUGUUCUUUUAUACAUUGUUUUGUUUCGACUCUAUUGUCUCCCAAACUCUGAUUCUAAACAUGUAGCUCGUCCCAUAUUUCGGGCUGUUCAUUGUUUCAAUUGCGCGGUAGCUUGUGUCGAUCUUUGUUCGGAUUCAAUGUAUUCAGCAGUCAAACAUCCUGCUGUCGCGAUUAGGACGAAAUUUAGACUGUUUCUUUUUUUUCUAAUUUUCUGCCACCCUCGCUUUUCUCCUACAGUUACGAUAUGUACUUCGUUAUACUUAUUAUAACAAAAGCAGGUGAUUUCCGGUGAAUCAUUUGUCCUUGGCCUCAUUUGGAAAGUGUUUGAAUGCGUGAUUCGACCUUCAGACAACUUACCCACCAAAUGUAUGGUACACAACUCGAAUGGGAUCACCCACAGUGCUCCUGACCUUAAGCUGGCAAUUAAACGUACCGA